AUGCGUUGGCUUCCGCAAAUCUCGUUCUCGUCUCCCUCAUCUUCUCCAUCUUCUUCUUCUCUUAAACCGGUGGCUUCUUACUCCGAAUCUCCGGAUCCUGAUCAGAACCUGGAUCGGGAUCGUUUCCGUCGCCGCCUGUUCCGUUUUAACCCCGGGAGGCUCACCCGUCAGAGGAAGCUCCGUCACUUGACGGAUGACGAUGUUUUGGGGGAACGUCGUGCAUCAACGUCUUCCUCCACCGUCGAUUUCGGUUUAACUCGUUCUCCCAGCGCUUACACGACGGUUCCUCGCUCGCCUUCUGCCGUUCCCUUACCAUUGCCUCUCCCUUUACCCGAGGUCCCCGGAGAUUCCAGAAAUCGAAUUCCUGGAAACGGCAGAGGAUUGGAGGAAAGAGAUCGAGAUCCCGAUAGAGUUAUUGCUGAUCGCACCUCCUCUGCUCCUCCUCUCACCAGCGUCAAUGGCUUUGGCUUUGCUCGUGAAUCGAGAAGAGCCUCGGAGAAUUCGUCACAUCAAGACUCUAGCUGUACAAAUAGUCCGAGAAACAGAAAUGGUUACUGGGUGAGCAUUCCAACGAUGAGUGCUCCAACGAGCCCGUACGUGAGUCCUGUGCCGAGUCCACAGAGGAAGAGCACUGGUCAUGAUUUGCCGUUUUUCUACUUGCCUCCAAAGAGCAACCAAGCAUGGUCAGCACCAGAUAUGCCGCUUGAUACCUCCGGACUUCCUCCUCCUGCGUUUUACGACUUCACCGCGUUUAGUACAGACAACUCUCCCAUCCAUAGCCCGCAACCUCGAAGUCCACGCAGACAGAUCAGAAGCCCACAACCGAGCAGACCGUCUUCGCCGUUGCACUCGAUGCAAUCGCCUGAUAACUCGGCUGCACCGCGGGAUAGUGUUUCCUCGCCGUUGCAUCCGAGGAUGUCCAUUGAUGUUACUAAUGGACGCCGUGAUAGCUCCAAUGUUCAUCCUUUGCCGCUCCCUCCUGGAGCUGCUUGUCCUUCUCCAUCAGGUGCUUCUUCUGUUCCUUGCCCGCAGGCUCCUCUUAAAGUGGAUUCCUUCCCAAUGAAUUCUCAGUGGAUUAAAGGGAAGCUUAUAGGUCGUGGUACUUUUGGAAGCGUUUAUGUCGCCAGCAACAGCGAAACUGGAGCAUUGUGUGCGAUGAAGGAAGUUGAGUUAUUCCCUGAUGACCCCAAAUCUGCAGAGUGUAUAAAGCAAUUAGAGCAGGAGAUCAGACUUCUCAGUAACCUUCAACACCCAAACAUUGUGCAGUAUUUUGGUAGUGAAACAGUAGAUGAUCGUUUCUUUAUAUACCUGGAAUAUGUUCACCCGGGCUCAAUCAACAAAUACAUCCGUGACCAUUGCGGUACCAUGACGGAAUCUGUUGUUCGCAAUUUCACUCGUCACAUUUUGUCCGGGCUGGCUUAUUUGCACAACAAAAAGACUGUACAUAGGGAUAUCAAAGGUGCUAAUCUACUUGUUGAUGCUUCUGGGGUUGUGAAGCUUGCUGACUUCGGCAUGGCUAAACAUCUUACCGGGCAAAGAGCUGAUCUUUCGCUAAAGGGAAGUCCGUACUGGAUGGCACCAGAGCUCAUGCAAGCUGUGAUGCAAAAAGAUAGCAACCCGGAUCUCGCUUUUGCUGUGGAUAUAUGGAGUCUAGGAUGUACAAUCAUUGAGAUGUUCACUGGGAAGCCUCCGUGGAGUGAGUUUGAAGGGGCUGCAGCGAUGUUCAAGGUCAUGAGAGAUAGCCCACCGGUACCGGAAUCAAUGUCACAUGAGGGUAAAGACUUUCUAAGAUUAUGUUUCCAGAGAAACCCAGCUGAGCGACCGACCGCGUCUAUGUUGCUUGAACACCGCUUCCUAAAGAGUUCUACGCAACCAACCUCUCCACGCAACAGCGAUGUCUCUAAUUGCUCCCAGUUGUUUAACGGGAUGAACAUAACGGAACCAAACGGAAGGAGGGAGAAACCAAAUUUCAAACUAGACCAAGUUCCGCGUGCUAGAAACGUGGCAUCUUCAGAGAGUGAAAGUUGGCAGCAGCAGCAACAGCAACAGUACCGGUCUCCCGAUCUAACCGGAACAGUGACCCGUCUGUCCCCUCGUUCAACUCUCGAGGCUAUUCCGAGCCCGUCUCCUUCCCAACGACCUAAGCCAAGCACUGACCGGAGAAGAAUCUGCGUCCCUUCAGAUCACGUUUGA